AUGGCCCCUCCCACCAACAUGUCCUGGACCUUCACCCUGAGUGGAAUCCCGGAACUGGGGGGCAACCAGCAAUGGUUUGCGCCGCCGCUCUGCGCCCUCUACGUCACGGCGUUCCUUGGCAACUGCACCAUCCUCUUCCUCAUCAGGACAGAGCGGGGCCUCCACCAGCCAAUGUUCUUGCUGCUCGCCAUGUUGCCCGUGACGGACGUCGGAGUGUCGCUGACCACGUUACCCACGAUGCUCGGCAUCUUCUGCUUCAACCACCAUGAGAUCUACAGCGAGCUCUGCCUCACCCAGAUGUAUUUCCUUCACACCUUCGCCGCCAUGGAGUCCGGGGUGUUGGUGGCCAUGGCGGUGGACCGGCUCGUUGCCAUCUGUGCCCCGCUGAGAUACGCCUCUGUGCUGACCAACUCCGCCGUUGGCCGUAUGGGGCUGGUGAUAGUGGCGCGGGGGGUGUGCGUGGUCCUGCCCGUCCCCUUGCUCACCCGGCGCUUUCCCUUCUGCAAGACGCGGGUGCUGUCCCACUCCUACUGCCUCCACCAGGACGUCAUACGCUUGGCCUGCGCCGACACCACGGUGAAUAGCGUCUACGGGCUGGUGGCCGUGCUCCUGACCAAGGGCGUAGACUCCAUGUUCAUCCUCAUCUCCUAUGGGCUCAUCCUACGGGCCGUGAUCAACAUGAGAGCCAACGACGCUCGGCUAAAGGCCUUCAGCACCUGCGUGGCCCAUAUGUGCGCCGUCCUGCUCUUCUACAUCCCCCUCAUUGGCCUCUCGGUCCUGCACAGGGUGGGCACCCACGCCUCCCCGCUCCUCGCCAUCGUCAUGGCCGAUGUCUAUCUCCUCCUGCCCCCCGUUGUCAACCCCGUGAUUUACAGCGUCAACACCAAGCAAAUCCGGCACAAAAUGACUCGGCUCUUCAGGAGAAGGAGGGUUGGAGUCCCAGCCAAUGGGAUCGCAGUAGUGAAAGUAUGACCGGCUAAUGGCAUUACGGCUACCAUUUUGCUUUAUAGAUUUAUAUCAGCAGUGAAAUACUGGUCUUGUUUAGACUUGUGUUGGCUUUAAAGGGGAAGUAAACUCCCUCCAGGCAUCACCCCAUCAGUGCCAAAUCUGUUCCCCUGUAGCCGUGAUGGUCGCUGGGCCAGGGCCAUUUGUUCCUGUAGAGCCGGCCACGCAUUGGCCCCAUAAGAACUGUCGACUCGGCCCCUUCAGACCAAGCGGGCAGCUAAUUGCACCAUAUAGGGGGCCCUUUAAAUGACCCAACCAACUCAUCUGUGGGCAUCAAUCGGGCAGAUAGAAGCUCCCGUUGUUGGGUGAAGGUUGUUCUGUGCCAAUGGGUUGCCGUAGGGCUCCCUUCAAGCUGAUUGUUGGCCCUGGGCCCAAACCAUUAGGCCAUUCUGGCCCAACCUAUUAGUGGCCAAGAUCCACUCAACUGGGGUCCUUGCCACAUAAGCCCAGCUUAACUAAUGAGCCAGGACUAUGGGCGCCUUCUCCUAUUGGCCACUCGUGGAAGUGACAUGGCCGACGACUGGGAGGCUCCAACACUGCUCAGCUCUGCCCCUCAGGGGAAUGGAGA